AUGAUACAGGGAAUCUUUUACGCCCGCUUUCUUCCCCAGGAAGGCACCAAGAUCGUAGCCCAGAGCCCCUCAGGAUGCAUCGUGCCUGCCGAGGGUGUGCACAAGCCCCCGCUGUUCGACUUUGACGUGCUGCAGGAGUACAUCAUCCCGCGCAAGGCCUUCUUUAACCGCUACAUCACGGUCAACGACCCGGAGGGCAAGUGCUGCGUCCUGGGCUUCCCCGUCUCCAUCGUGAACUCAAAGUAUGACCGCAACGAGUUCAUCUUCAACUUUGGCCUGGUCGUCGAGGCCGGCCUGUCGGUGGCCGACCAGCUCCCUUACGAGCGCGUGGUCCGCCGCCUGGCCAUCACCUUUGCCGAGAUGGAGAAGCAGAACGAGUAUCUGAGCGGGCUCGACGGGCCGGGCGGCUCCUCUCCCGUCGGGGCGGCCGGGGAUGAGGGUCCGCGUCGCCCCAUCGAGGCGCUGCUCGAGAUCGUCAAGGAGGACCUCAACAACUACGGCGAGUGUAUGAUACCCGUCGACGACGCAAACACCAUCAACAUGAAGCUCUUCCCGCACCACCCCACUCCCGCCGAGGUCAGGGGGUGGCACGUGCCGGUGGCCAAGAUGCGGCUCGCCGACGCCGUCGACGACACGUGGGACCUGACGCUGCGCAAGGUCAUCGCCCACAUCGACGGCGUCAACGACGUGCGCCGCAUCGCCUACCUGGCCGACGUCUCGCUCGAGCUCACGCGCGUGGCGCUGCGCCACCUGCUCUACUACGACACGGUCCUGCUGCUCGACCUCUUCCUCUUCGGGUCCUGCUACGCGCCCAGGCCGGCCAUACACGACUUCGUCGCCAACGCCGGCGGCGUCGUCGACGAGUGCGCCGCCUACGUCUGCGUCCUGCCCGCCACGGGCCCUUCGGCCGCCGUCCCGCCCGGCUCGUCCGGCGGCGGCGGCGGCGGCGGCCCCUCUGCGUCCGGCCUACCCCGAAUUCCCUCCGUCUCGGCAAUGUCGACAGCGAGCGGCGGCGGCGGCGGCGGCGGCGGCGCGACCUUUGUCGGGUCGCACCGCCCGCCGCAGCACCUCCACAGCCACUUCCACCAGCAGCAGCACCUCCUCCACUCGCACCCGGGCACGCCACCGCGCGUCAGCAACUUUUUGCUCGUCCGCCUCAUGGCCAGCUUCUGCGCCGGCCGCACCGUCAUGGAGUGGCUCAAGGCGCACAUGGACGCGGGCUUGGACGUGCUGCGCUUCGUCGACGUGCGCCGCCUCGUCCAGUUCGGCGUCAUCAAGGGCUACCUGUACCGCGUCCACAAGUACGCCGUCUCCAAGCAGUACCUGGCCGCCCUGGCCACCGGCCAGGCCCGGCCCUUUGAUUCCGACGGCCUCGGUGGCGGUGGCGGUGGUGGCGGUGGUAGCGGCGGCGGCGGCGGCGCAGUCUUUGGCCCGCGCGGGGACCCGCUGCAGCAAUACACCGACGGCCGCCACUGUUUCGACCAGAUCAUCACAGAGCAGAACCUCUCCGAUGCCGAGAUCAUGGAGAGGCUGAAAAACCUGCCCCUGCCCCAGGGCGACCUGAACGUCUUCUACCGCUAGAUGCUGUGUGUUUCUUGAAUCGAACACGUGGCACAUGUCUCGCAGUCUAUGCAAUUCUAUGAUACAUAAAAAUGGGAGCUGUUUUUACAGAUGCUUGCGAG